AGAGAGGAUCUCUGGCCUAGUGAACCGUCUGCAACAUAACCUAUACUUAUCUGCGGACUGCGAAACGCACAUAACCUAACCGAACGCCCUUACACGUGUGUAAAUGUAAUGUGUUGAACACUCGAUAUUCCUGGAUCGCAUGAGAAUGGGUGGCUCGAAGAAAAGUGCGAAAACACAAAAGACCGGUCCGAUCGAUAAUGCGUGGUCGUUAAAGAUACCAGAAUUUAAAGAAGAGGAUAAUCCACAUCGUCUUCUGGAGGAAAGCUCAUUUGCGACUAUGUUUCCAAAGUACCGCGAGCAAUAUUUGAAGGAACAUUGGCCCUUGGUCCAAAAAGCUCUGGCCGAGCAUCACAUCAAGGCUGAGAUGGAUCUCAUCGAAGGUAGCAUGACGGUGAGAACUACCAGGAAGACUUGGGAUCCGUACGUCAUCAUUAAAGCACGUGACAUGAUGAAACUUAUGGCUCGUUCAGUUCCCUUUGAGCAGGCGGUGAGAGUUCUCCAGGAUGACAUGGCUGCGGAUAUCAUAAAGAUAUCUUCUUUUGUCCGUAACAAGGAUAAGUUCGUCAAGAGGAGGCAAAGGCUCAUCGGACCAAAUGGAUGUAAUUUGAAAUCCAUUGAGCUGCUAACGAAUUGUUACGUCGUAGUUCAGGGUCAAACUGUUUCGGCACUGGGACCUUAUAAAGGUGUGCAACAAGUAAGAAAAAUCAUACAGGAUACCAUGAAGAAUAUUCAUCCAGUUUAUAGCCUCAAGACAUUGAUGCUUAAACGGGAGCUCGCCAAAAAUCCAAAAUUAAAAGAUGAGAAUUGGGAACGAUAUCUGCCUAAGUACAACAGCAAGAACAUAAGUAAGCGCAAAGAACCGAGGAAGAAGAAGGAGAAGAAACCGUACACUCCAUUCCCACCACCUCAACAAGAGAGCAAGUUUGAUAAGGCAAUGGCAUCGGGUGAAUACUUCCUGAACGAGGAGCAGAAGAGAGCAAAGAGAAAGAAGGAACAGGAGGCUAAGCAUGAAGAGGCGACCAAGAAGAGGCAGGAGCGUAGAGCACAGGCGUUUGUACCGCCUGAAGAAAAAUCUGUUGAAAGUGAAACUACAAAGACUGAUAUAGACGUUGCUGAGAUAAAAAAGAAAGUUAUACAAGGACUGAAAAAGCGUAGAACAGAAUAAUGCAUAUAGACAUUUUUUAAAUAUCAAUGAUAUAACAAAUGUAUGAUGUAUAAAGGGAUGUAAGAAGUAAGUUUUACACAAAUAUAAAUUUACGGAAAUA